AUGUCUGCACAAGCGUCGAGCACAGUCAUCACUUUUAAACUAGUAGAAAAAUAUCUUUAUCAAAUCGGCUGUCCAAUUCUUAUUAUCAUCGGUAUAUUCGGUUCUGUCACCAAUCUUCUCGUUUUCACCCAGAGGAAUCUUCGCAAAAGUCCAUGUUCAAUUUAUUUCAUUGCUAAUAACCUUGUUAAUUUCUGCUACAUAUGUUCAUCGUUGCUACCCUUAACACUCGGAUUUGGUUACAAAGCUGAUGUAACUACUUCGUAUCUUGGUCUUUGCCGUCUUCGUUUGUAUGCCGUAACGUUAUUCAAUUGUUUAAGCGCGUUUUAUUUGGUUUUGGCAUCCAUUGAUCGAGUUCUAAUCACAUCAAGGAAUGCUGCUACGAGACAAAAGAGUACAUGUCGUUGUGCGUGCGUUUGUAUUCUAGUUGGUACAAUAUUCUGGUCACUAUUUCAUAUUCAUGCUUUGAUCCUAUCAACUAUUAGCCAAAUAGCACCGAAUACUUAUCUAUGUUAUUUUCAGUCAGGUACACAUAUCAUCUUCAUGAGCUAUUAUUCAUUAUGCAAAGAAUUCGGAGCACUUUUUCUGUUGACAUUCUUCGGAUUAUGGUCUAUCAGAAAUCUUCGACACGCACAACGAUUGACAUAUGUGGAACAUUUUUCAAAAACGAAAAGUGCUGGAGCGACUGGAUCACGGUCAAAGUUUACGAAAGAGCGUCAAAUGAUGUACAUGCUGUUUAUGGAUAUUAGUAUCUAUGCAUUGUUCAGUAUGACAUUUGCCGUUUUCCUCACGUAUCAACAAAUUACACAAAAUCAAGUAAAAGGUAGUGAGCAAGUUGUGAUUGAAUCGGUAGUUCGAAAUAUAUGUUUGUUCAGUGCAGGCAUUCCGUUUUGUCUUAGUUGUUAUACCAAUUUACUAGUGUCAAAAACAUUUCGAAGUGAAGGAAAGAAAGUUUUUUGUAUUUAA